AUGCCUGCCGCCACAUCGAAACGCGUCAAGGGCGUCAAAAUCUUCCGCCAUUUCAUCAUCGGCAACGAAGCACACGUACUUCCACACCCAGGCUUUCCCGAUCCGCCGCCAGAGGGCCACACCAAAGGCUGGAAAGUCUACGUACGGCCUCUGCCCAACGGUCCAGACAUCACGACAUGGCUGAAGAAGGUCCAAUUCAAACUCCAUCACACCUACGCCGACCCUUCCCGAACCAUAGAAGCGCCAGGGCCGUUUGAGCUGAGUGAGACUGGGUAUGGUGAAUUCGGUGUGGAGAUUAGGCUGUACUUCGCGCCUGAGAGCGGUGAGAAGGCCAUAUACCGCGAACACUUCCUGCAACUCCAGACGUAUGGACCCGACGAGCAGAAAGCGCGGCAAGAGAAGGAUAACAAGAUCGUGGCUGAGCGAUUGGAGACUAUCGAGUUCAACGAGCCGACACAAGAGUUCUUCCGCACUCUGACUUCGGAAGAUCAGUUUAAUUGGCUGAAAGUGAAGAAGGGCAGGGGGAAGGGGAAGAAGCCGGAUUUUGUGUUUGAGGGGGAUGUUGAGCCUACGGCACAACUUCCUGAGCGCGCGGAUACGAGUGCUGGUGGACUGGGUGCUGGAGGGGCGUGGAGUGUGCAGUAUGAGAAGCAAUUGCUGGCUUCGCUGGAGCAGAGUAAGGGAACGCUGGAACAGAUGGUGGAAGAGGAGAAGCGGAAGAUGGAGGAGAGAAGGAAAGAGAUGGAAAAGCUGGGGGCUACAGUUGCCAGCAAGUGA